AUGAAGUUCCGCAGGCGUCCUUCGCCUCUCCUCCUCCUACUUUUACCCUCCCUCGCAGCGGCUCUUUCGGCCGCCGCUCAAGACAAUAUCAAAGCGGCAGGGACGAAGAAUGUACCAGCUGUAGCUGCAAAGGCAGACCCAAAUCCGACCACAAUAGUCGAUAUCAACUCGAAACCCAAAUUUGAGAUUGGAACAAAGGAUGCGCCUGUCGAUGGCAAGGAUGGAAAACCUCACGCAGGUCCAUGGGUUGGCACAGGAGACGACUCGAAGAAGGAUCCAAAAGACAGCAAGAAGGGCAAAGAUAAGGAGGACACAGAACUGGUGGUUCCUAAAAAGGAGGAUAUGAAAAAGCUGGUCAAUCCCGAUGGCACCAAAAUACCUGAAUCUAAUGAUGGUGUGAUGGAUGACCCUCACAGGCAGAUACCAAAAGAAGGAACAACUGGGACGGAAGGAGGGGUGAGUGAAAAGGAUAAGGCGCGAAAAGCACACGAAGGACAGACUGGGGAGAAGCUUGAAAACAAGCCAGAUUCGCCCAAGGAGGCUCCUCCGUUACCACUGAGCGAAACCACCAAAACAAAGACCGGAAAGGACGACAAGACCAAAUCGAAAGAGACCGAUGCUGACGCCCCAUCAGACUCGGAACUCGGUGGGCUUGAAAAACCGGAUGACCUCCCAAAUAAACCCAACAACAUUCCACAUCCGAUACCAGGUUCGGCAGAUAAAGAUCAUCUCGAUAUCAAAAAGCCAGGGACGAAAGACCCAGCCAAAUUCCCAAUUACAGACGGAGAAGGAAACGAAGGCCUGAUCCAACCUCUUCAUUCUUACCUCCUAUCUCUCACCAUGAUUCUAUUUUCCGAAAUUGGCGACAAGACUUUCCUUAUCGCUGCUCUGAUGGCCAUGAAGCACGAUCGCCUUUUAGUCUUUUCAGCAGCAUUUUCUGCCCUCUUCGUUAUGACAGUUCUCUCCGCUGUACUAGGCCAUGCAGUCCCAACCCUCAUCCCUGAGCGAUUCACACACUUCCUCGCAGCAGGGCUGUUCCUAGUAUUUGGAGCAAAGAUGUUGAAAGAAGGACUGGCAAUGAGCCCAGACGAAGGAGUCGCUGCGGAAAUGCAAGAAGUCGAGCAAGAAUUAGAAGAAAAGGAGCAUCUCGCCAGAAAGGAGAACCGACGAAGAUCUUCCGUUUCCCCAUAUGCUCUGGAAAUGGGCUUAGGGGGUCGCUCCCACGCUUCCCGCAAAUCGAGGUCAGGAUCCCGUCUUCCUUCCCCUCCACGAAGUCCCUCCUCAAGCCCUGACCGCUCGCCUUCUCCCGCGCGCUCGAAUAUCCGAGGUCUAAUCAAUGGCCUUAGUAACCUACUCAGUCUGCUAUUAAGCCCGGCGUGGGUGCAAACGUUCGUCAUGACAUUCUUGGGCGAAUGGGGUGAUCGAAGUCAGAUUGCCACCAUCGCAAUGGCAGCUGGUGCGGAUUACUGGUGGGUUACUGGUGGUGCUGUGUGUGGUCACGCUGUUUGUACCGGUGUCGCGGUUAUUGGAGGACGUGCCAUUGCUGGACGUGUUAGUUUGAGAGUUGUAACACUAGGAGGCGCAUUCGCCUUCCUUAUUUUCGGUAUCAUUUACGGUGUUGAGGCGCUUUAUGGGUCGUGA